AUGAAGACUUCAUCAGUGCGUCUUGCAGUUUUGAUAUGUCUCAAUGUGUUUGCCCCCAAGGCAAUUGGUAUCACCACCCCCCUCAUUAAGCAAACAUGCGUCAAAUUAAAAACACACGACGAACAACUCUGUAUCAACUCCCUUAGCCAAGUCCCUGAGAGUGCCCAUGCAGACGUCAAAGGCUUAGCCAAAAUAAUGGCUGAUGUUGUACUCAGGAGACAUGAGGUAGAAACCAAGAACAAACUCACAGAGCUGAUGAAGCAAUUUCCAGGAGAUCUGGUUCGAUUACGGAACUGUUUGUAUUAUCACGGAGCAAUUGGCUUAGACAUUGACAGAACCGUCACCAAUUAUAUUCCUACUCACAAAUAUAAGUCCGCAGAAGCGAGCAUGGAAGAUGCCGUCAACCUAGCCCAGCAGUGCGAACGUCUAUAUGACGGUCGACCCCCAUGUCCUGUGGAAGAGGAGAACAAAAUGGCGAUUAAACUCGCUUAUUUGGCUGCGGGUAUAGUAGUCAUGUAG